UUUGCACUCUCAGACGCACAAGUACCCAUUCUCAUCAUGAAGGUCGUGGCUUUCUUCGUCCUGGCUCUGGCCUGCGUGGCUCUGGCUGAGGAGAAGAAGGAGGAGAAGGUGGCCGUGGAGGAGAAGAAGCAGGAGAAGCGCGGAGCCCUGGGUCUGGGCUAUGGCUACGCCGCCCCCGCCGCCGUCGGCUACGCCGCCCCCGCUGUUGGCUACGCCGCCCCCGCCGUCAGCUACGCCGCCCCCGCCGUCGCCGCCUACCACGCCCCCGCCGUCGCCGCCUACGCCGCCCCCGCCGUGGCUAAG